UUGGGGAUAUACGCCGGUACACUCAGGCUAAAGAGGAGUGUGCAACAGCAACAUUACAUAGAUACGUAUACCACAUAAAAGAAUUCAAGAAUGAGUCGCUCGAGAUUCGGUCGGGAUCGGGAGCCGAGGAUUCCUCGGGGACCGGGGUCUCUUCCGGUGACCCCGAGGCGUCCCCCGACACUUCCAGACCCCCCAGACAGCGUCAUGAUGUUCAACUACGGGCCAACCACCAGGCGGCGCAUUGACAUGGACACCCGUGAUAUGAAAUUUAUUGACCCCGAAGAGAAAGACAAAAUUUUGCCCUCAGCUCGUACAGCGCGACGUCGUACGAUAAGGCCACCUGAAGAUGAAAUGCGACAGAUCCUCCAGGUUAAAGGUGUUGAUCUCCACAUCGCGGAGAAUACCAAAGCUCACCACACUGACAAGUAUGAGCAGACGGAAGACCGUAAGACGGAUGAUGGGAAGGAUGAGUCAGCAGAAUUGGUGGUCAGGCGGGCGCAGACUUUUGACCUUACCUUGACCUUUGAUCGACCUUUCCAGGCUGAUGGUGACAAUAUUCAGCUGAUCUUUCAGAUUGGAACCAUGCCACGCCCACAAUGGCAGACCAUGGUGACAGUGCCCGUCAAACAAGCUGGCACUGGCUCGAGUGAUGGUACCGCCGUCAGCCGAGCUUGGAGUGCCACCAUCAAGUCCCAAGAAGGAAACUCACUGUUGGUCUCGGUUUAUAUCGGCUCUGAUUGUAUUAUUGGCGAAUGGGAUUUGGCUGUGUACAGCGUCAUGCAUAAAUCAGGAGAGCGGCCCAAGAUAUUUGCGUACGACCACCCAGAUAACAUAUUCAUUCUCCUGAAUCCCUGGAGCCGCGACGACACGGUGUACUUGGAUAAUCAAGAGUUGUUGAAUGAAUAUGUGCUCAACGACACCGGUGGCAUCUUUGUCGGUAACUACAAGCAGUUCCGACCCAGACCUUGGUUCUUCGGCCAGUUUGAAGACGGGAUUCUGGAAAUAACACUUCACCUGCUGCGAAGAGCGUUCGGUUACAGAAUCUCUACUGCUAUGGCCGACCCUGUACAGAUCAGCCGUGCGCUCUCCAAAAUGGUGAAUGCGAACGAUGACAGAGGUGUUGUAAUUGGGCGGUGGGACGGAGAGUACUCGGAUGGUAAAACCCCUUCGUCAUGGACCGGAAGCGUCUCCAUCUUGGAUCAGUACGAAAAGAGUGGCGGGGCCGUCAAGUACGGUCAAUGCUGGGUGUUCUCCGGAGUCCUAACAACAGUUUGUCGUGCCAUUGGUCUGCCGGCGCGGAGUGUCAGUAACUUCAAAUCUGCUCAUGACACUGACGGGAACACCACGAUAGACAGGCACAUCAAGUUUGACGAGAAUGGCGACGUGGUCUUCCUUAACGAGAGAGACAAGGAUUCUAUUUGGAAUUUCCACGUGUGGAACGACGCCUGGAUGACACGACCCGACCUCCCGGAAGGGCAUAAUGGAUGGCAGACUAUCGAUUCUACACCACAGGAGCUCAGUGAAGGCUCGUUUCAAUGUGGACCCAGUCCAGUGGCGGCCUCCAAAUCGGGGAAGAUCCACCUUCCCUACGACACGCCUUUUGUCUUUGCCGAAGUGAACGGCCAUGUUGUAUACUGGGAGAUGAAGAGUGACACGGAAUGGAAGCAGGUCCACGUGGAUAGAUUCGAGGUUGGUGCUUACAUCAGUACGAAGGUUCCUAAUGGGAAGGCUCUCACCAGUCUGGCCUGGGGCGCUAAUAACCCGGACCGGGAGGAUAUCACACAUCUCUACAAACACCCCGAUGGAAGCCCACAGGAAGAGACAACCAUGGCGGAGGUCACAAAACAGCUUGAGUUGGGCCUAAAGUACGAACAGCCUAAAAAGGAAGUGACAGUUCGCCUUCAGGACAUCGUGUCUGUGUAUGCUGGCGAGGAGAUCCAACUGGUCGCCAUCAUUGACAACAACUCCACCAAGGUGCGUAAUGUGACCGUCGGCUUGUCCGCAACCACAACAACCUACGACGGCGUCGGGGUCAAGGACAUCGCCACGAUGAAUUUCAAGAAGGAGCCCAUCCAACCAGGCCAAAGUAGACGGGUGGAGUUGAGGAUCGGAUCUGACAAGUACCUGGGCCACCUGAUUUCUAAUGGAUCUAUAACAGUCCGCGCCCAAGGCCGGGUCGUGGAGACAAGCGAAUCCUUCGUGGCCAUGGACAAUUUUAUCGUCAAGCCUCCAGAACUGAGUGUUGAGGUGGAAGGAGAUGUGUACGUCAGGAAGCCUUUCAAACUGAUGAUAUCCUUCACCAACCCCCUUAAAGUGCCCCUUACAGGCUGCAAACUGGAACUAUCUGGCCCAGGGCUCAUGGGAAGGACCUUCACAAUUGAACCACGUCAAGUGACUGUUCCUGCUGGUGGUCGAUUUUCGGAAAGCCUUUCUUUAAUCUCACGGAAAGCAGGAGUUAAAGAGCUCGUGGUAACCUUGGAUACGAAUGAGCUUCCGGACAUCUUCGGGAUGAAGGCGGUGUAUGUCUACUUCUGAGGAACUUAACAGAUGAGGAUCACUCUUGACAUCGGCCCACUCUUAGUUGACCUCUUACAAUUGUUUUUCCUUUCAUUUUAGUCAUGACACGGAGUAUGAAUCCGUUGUCCCUUUAUGUUACAUCUAUAUAUGCUAGUUAAUGUAUCGCUUUUUAAAAGUAUAUAAGAAGUACACAAAAUUAUAUUAUUCGUAUUAAGCAUGAAAUCUAGCAUUUACAGUUCUUCUAUAAACUAAACAUACUGAAGAAGCAUAAUUAUCUUCAGAAUUUAUUUGCUUUAUUCACUUAUCGGACGCACGACUUGACAACUUGACAGCUUUCGCCGAGAUGCAUAACCAUUUUGUUUUGUGCCUUUCAACUGACCACAUAUAAUACUCGUCUAUACCUGUGUAUAUGUAUGUGGAAUAAAAAGAAUGAAAACA